AUGACGCUCUGCACCACACCAGUGGUUAAGAAAAGCUGCUCGGGCUUGCAGAGCGCUCAGGAGAACUGGGUGUUCAAUGAUCCCAUCCACGGCACGGUGGAGUUACACCCUCUUCUCGUCAAAAUGAUAGACACGCCUCAAUUCCAGAGGCUGCGAUACAUCAAGCAGCUCGGAGGGGCCUACUUUGUUUACCCAGGAGCAUCCCACAACCGCUUUGAACACUGCAUUGGGGUGGCGCACUUGGCAGGAGAGCUUGCAAAAGCUCUGAAAACAAGGCAGCCAGAACUCAACAUCGAUGACAGAGACGUCCUUUGUGUGCAGAUUGCUGGUCUUUGCCAUGACCUGGGACAUGGGCCUUUUUCCCAUAGUUUUGAAACGUUCAUCCACAAAGCACGUCCAGGAAGAAAUUGGAAGCAUGAGGAAGCCUCUCUAACAUUGUUUGACUACAUGGUGGACAGUAAUAACCUGGAGGAGGAAAUGAGGCGUUACGGCCUGCAGCUGCCCGAUGACAUGGAGUUCAUUAAAGAGCUGAUUAAAGGAGAGGCACGUGUCUUUGUGAAUUGUGUGAAAUCACCAUUUAAAGGCCGUCCAGAUAAGCCCUUCCUCUAUGAAAUCGUGGCCAACAAAAGAAAUGGCAUUGAUGUGGACAAGUUUGACUACCUUGCCAGGGACGCCUACAACCUGGGCAUCAAGAGCAGCUUUGACCAUCGCCGCUUCAUAAAGUUUGCCAGGGUGUGCAAAGUGUGCAAGAAGUGCGGAGAGAACAAAGAGAAGCACGUGUGCAAGGCUGACGGAGAAUAUCAAAUCUGCAUGAGAGACAAGGAGGUGAACAAUCUGUACGACUUGUUCCACCUAAGAUACAGCCUCCACAGCAGAGCCUACCAGCACAAAGUGAACAACAUCAUAGAGCACAUGAUCACAGAGGCCUUUUUAAAAGCAGACGAGCACAUCCAGAUUGAAGGCUCAGAAGGGCAGAUGUUCACUCUCUCCACAGCCAUAGACGACGUGGAGGCCUACACCAAGCUGACAGAUCAUGUUUAUGAAACAAUACUCCACUCUUCCCAACCGGAGCUGGCUGAGGCGAAGCAGAUCCUCAGCAGGAUCGUCGAUCGGAAUCACUACAGGUUCCUGGUUGAAACAAGGCCUACUACUUCCAUUGAGAACAUGAUUGCCGAGUGGCAGAGGGAUAACAACAUCCCUGAGGGGAUGACACCAGAAGAGAACAUGAAGCGUGGUUGGGAACAGGAAUUGGCUGAAGCCCGAGACGGUCAGGACUUCAGAUUGACAGCAGAGGACUUUAAAGUGGAUGGAUCCAUGUCACAGCCACAAUGCUUCUCUGAGCAGCUGAUCAGGAUUUACUGUAAGAAGACUGAUGAGUCCAGUGUGAACGCUGCCCGCAGGCAGAGGAACCCACAGUAA